UGAUAGGAACAGGCACUAACAAGACCACCACAACCUUCCAUUACCCCAGACUUAUACAAAGCUUGGUUCCUCUUUACUUCAAACUAAGUCUAGCUUCCUCCCACAAAUUCUGUCAAACAGUUUAUUCUCUGAAUUUAAGUCUGUCAGGAUGAGGCGUAAAAGUCCACGAGUAGCUGAUGAGAACAUGUUUGGUGAUAACGGGAAUGGAGUUGGCUUACCUGCACAAAACAGAAGAGGGCAAGGAUGGAUUGGACUUGCCAUUAUAUGUAGUAUUGUUCGAGCUCCUCUGUCACUGCUGUCAUCUCUGCUUCAUCCGCACAUCAAUAAUGCUGAUGGAGUUGUGGUGUCUGGAGAAUUGGCACGCGUAUCUGAGAUGAAUCAUCUCAUGGUUAGUGACAGCAUGCGUUAUGCUAUGCUAAUGUGAAUCUGUAAGUAGGCUGGCUUGAGUAUGCAUGCUUCUAAUUUUGUGCUCUUUUAGAAUUUAUAGAAGAAAUGUUGCGAUUCUGGACUCCUAAUUUUGUGUCCUGUAAGGCUGUAACUGUGUCGUCCAUAAUUUUGGCAGAAACAACGGACUUGUAAAAAAAUGAUCCUAUAACUAGUAUUACCACUGGAGUAUCCAUCCAGCAUUGUUUGA